UCCCCCUCUGCACACGCACGCGCGAGCCCUGCAGCUUCUCGUUCUUUCAGGCCGCGGACUGUACCAAGUAAAUCCGGGCAACGAGGGACAAAGCGCGGAAUCCUCUGCGCGGGUCCUGUCCACGGCCCGACUCGGGGAGCCCCUCUUCCACAGCGCGACAGGAAUGGUCUAUCUCACCGCGCAAGCGCCCUAGGCCCCUUGCGCCCCCUCCUACCCUACUUGCAGCGCAGGCGCAGAGCCCGGGCGUGCAGCCGCCACCGCAGAGCCGGAGCGGGGGUCGCCAGCGCCGCAUCCCCCUCUACCUGCCAACAUCCCUGUAUCAGCGAACUUGCGGCCGGAGGUGUGGUUGUGGAGAGCUGGCCAGGGAGGGACGCUGCUCAGCUGCUGCUCUGCUCCUGUCUCCUGUCCCCUCCCCUGGCCAUGACAGAGACCCGUGAGCCAGCUGAGACUGGAGGCUACGCCAGCUUGGAAGAAGAUGAUGAAGACCUUUCCCCAGGCCCCGAGCAUUCCUCUGACUCAGAAUACACUCUCUCAGAGCCGGACUCCGAAGAGGAAGAAGAUGAGGAGGAGGAGGAAGAAGAGACCACCGAUGAUCCUGAAUAUGACCCUGGCUACAAGGUGAAGCAGCGCCUGGGUGGGGGCCGGGGGGGCCCAUCCCGCCGGGCCUCCCACGCAGCUCAGCCCCCAGGCCCCCCGGCCCAGCCCUGCCAGCUCUGUGGCCGCUCACCCCUUGGGGAGGCCCCACCGGGCACCCCUCCCUGCCGGCUCUGCUGCCCCGCUACAGCCCCCCAGGAAGCACCAGCCCCUGAAGGCAGGGCCCUGGGGGAGGAAGAGGAGGAGCCGCGUCGGGCUGGGGAGGGCCGACCAGCUGGGCGGGGGGAGGAAGAGGAAGAUGAGGAAGAGGAGGGCACCUACCACUGUACGGAGUGUGAGGAUUCCUUCGACAACCUAGGGGAGCUGCACGGCCACUUCAUGCUGCACGCCCGGGGUGAGGUGUAGGCAGAGCCCCCCACCCAGGGAGCUUGGCAGAAGGGGUGGGGUGGGAGGAGGGGGCUGAGGAAAUUGGGGUGCUCACAGCGGACAUGGGGGAUAGGGUACCGCCGAUCUGUGUUGUCCUAGGAGUAGACGUGUGAAGGCCAGAAUAAAAGCCAAAUUCUGU